AUGCAGACCGAGACAGUCAAGAAAAAGCGCUUGCCCGCCGCAAAGAUCGCCAAGCUGGCACCUGAGAACGAGCGGUACAUGCGAGCAUGCGCCGACGUCGCCAAUGCUCUGGUCGAAGACUACGAGAAGUCGCAGCAGCCUGGUGGAGUCAAGAAAGACAUCAAUCUGAAUGCGCUUCGCGGCCAGUUCGCGAAGAAGCACUUCCUAUCGCGCCAACCGCCCUUGACCGAUAUCAUAGCUGCGGUGCCGGAGCAGUACAAGAAGUAUAUCUUACCCAAGCUCAUUGCGAAGCCGAUACGGAGUGCAAGCGGUAUUGCAGUGGUUGCGGUAAUGUGCAAGCCGCACAGGUGUCCGCACAUCGCAUACACCGGCAACAUUUGCGUGUAUUGUCCUGGAGGCCCGGACAGUGAUUUCGAAUACAGCACGCAAUCCUACACUGGAUAUGAGCCGACUAGUAUGCGAGCCAUUAGGGCAAGAUAUGACCCUUUCGAACAGGCAAGAGGUAGGGUUGACCAAAUCCGCUCGCUCGGUCACAGCGUGGAUAAGGUUGAGUAUAUCAUCAUGGGCGGCACGUUCAUGUCUCUGUCUCCAAAAUACCGGGAAGAGUUCAUCAGCCAGCUACACAAUGCUUUGUCGGGCUAUCAGACCAACAAUGUGGAUGAAUCUGUCAUGGCUGGUGAACAGAGCACCACAAAAUGCGUCGGCAUAACCAUCGAGACCCGCCCAGACUACUGCCUGCCUCCACACCUGACAGACAUGCUCCGGUAUGGCUGCACACGCUUGGAGAUUGGCGUGCAGUCUCUAUACGAAGACGUAGCACGCGACACAAACCGUGGCCACACUGUCAAAGCCGUUUGCGAGACCUUCGCAAUGGCCAAAGACGCCGGCUUCAAGGUGGUCUCGCACAUGAUGCCCGACUUGCCCAACGUAGGUCUUGAGCGCGAUCUCUUUCAGUUCCAAGAAUACUUUGAGAAUCCUGCUUUCCGCACAGACGGUCUUAAGAUCUACCCUACGCUCGUUAUUCGAGGAACCGGUCUGUAUGAGUUGUGGCGUACAGGACGAUACAAGAACUACACUCCAAACGUGCUCGUAGAUCUUGUUGCAAGGAUUCUUGCCCUCAUUCCACCGUGGACCCGCAUCUACCGGGUUCAGCGAGACAUCCCUAUGCCUCUUGUGACUUCUGGCGUUGAGAACGGCAAUCUGCGUGAGCUUGCACUCGCACGCAUGAAGGACUUCGGCACCACCUGCCGCGAUGUACGUACUCGUGAAGUCGGAAUCAACGAGGUCAAGCAUAAAAUCCGGCCGAACCAGGUCGAGCUUGUCCGGCGUGACUAUGUCGCCAACGGCGGGUGGGAGACCUUUCUCGCUUACGAGGAUCCCAAACAAGACAUCCUUAUUGCAUUGCUGCGCCUACGCAAGUGUACUGAGAAGUACACUUACCGCGAGGAGCUAACAGGGCAGCCGACGAGCCUAGUGCGCGAAUUGCAUGUCUACGGCUCAGCUGUACCCAUCCAUGAGCGUGUCAAGGGCAAGAGCCAACAUCAGGGCUAUGGUACUCUGCUAAUGGAAGAGGCGGAGCGCAUAGCUCGCAACGAGCAUGGCUCCAGCAAGAUUGCUGUCAUCUCCGGAGUUGGUGUCCGAGGGUACUACAAGCGCCUCGGUUAUUGGCUUGACGGCCCGUACAUGUCGAAGUGGCUCACGAAUGACUAUGAUGGUAGUGAUGAUGAUUGA